UUCCCCGUAAGUCAGUGCUGAGGAACUGACAGUACGGCAUUGAUAGCUUUAAAGCGUUUUUGCUUUCACUGUUAGUGAAACGUUUGCAGAUACAAUGAAGACUGCCGUUGCAUUCUUUUUCCUGAAUGUUGGAUUAGUACUUUGUAUUGAAGUUCCUGUGGAAUACAGCAGUACCAGCAGAUUCACAAAUUCCACAGGAAGAAACGAAUUGGGAGCCUGUGCCAUCAAGCUGAAGCGCACAGAAUGCGAUGAAGAUGAAGUCUGUCAUUACAAGCUCAAUCUUCCACCUCUCACCUUUCAGCUACCUAAAGAGACAAAACUCCUCAAACAGACUGUCAAACAAGUGAAAAGUCUAACAGCAACAGUCAAUAAGAUGAAGAAUAGAUGGCUGGAAGCAAAACAGAAAAAGCCUAUUAGUCAUAAGCAAGCUACUGGAAAUAUAGAGUAUGGAAGAAAGGAUACCAAUAGAAUAUCAUUGUUGGAGGAGAAAAUUACUAAGCUAACAGGUUUAUUAAAGAAUGCCAAAAAUCAAAUCAAUGUGCUUCAGGGUCGUUUAGAACGGAUCAGUAUUCUGAAUAUGGACAAUGUUUUGCACCACAUUAACAAGGAGCUUUCAAAAAUUAACUAUACAGUGAAUACACUGAACAACAAGUGUUCUACAACUUGUGAAGCUCAAGGUCAACUCACCAUAAAAUUUCCUGAAGAUUGCUCAGGCUAUUACAGACUCAAACAGCAGAAAAGCGGCAUCUAUGUAAUUGCCCAACGCUUUAAUGAAAGUUUUCCAGUUUAUUGUGAUAUGAAAACUGAGAAUGGUGGUUGGACAGUACUGCAGUCUCGCAAAGAUGGUAGUGUCAAUUUUAAUCGCACGUGGGCUGAAUACAAAAAUGGUUUUGGGAAUCUCUCAACAGAAUUUUGGUUGGGAAAUGACAAAAUACAUUUUUUGACAGAAUCCAAGGAAAUGAUUUUGAGAAUUGAACUAGAAGACUGGAACGGCAUCAAAGAAUAUGCCUCAUACGAUCAAUUCUUCGUUGCAGAUGAAGAUCAUUAUUAUCGCCUGAAUGUUAAUGGGUUUUCAGGCACAGCUGGUGAUGCACUGCAUAAUGACAAGAAUUACAACCAUGAUCAAAAAUAUUUCACCACCAAAGAUAAAGAUAAUGAUAACUAUUCUUUGGGUAACUGUGGGGCAUAUUAUGGCUCUGGUUGGUGGUUUGAUGCUUGUAUGUCAGCUAAUCUCAAUGGCAAAUAUUAUAAAAAACCCUACAAAGGCAUACGAAAUGGUAUUUAUUGGGGCACUUGGCACAAUGCAGCAAAUGAAAUUCUGAAUGGCUAUCGUCAGCCUUUUAAGUCAGUAAGAAUGCUCAUUAGGCCUAAGACGUUUAAGCCAUAGGUAUGUAGCAACAAAAAAAAUUGCCGAAUUAUUUUAAACAUGAUAUUGGAGUGCUUUCACUGUGUAAUCAUUUUAAGAGCUGUAUUGUACCGCAUAAACUGCAAUAAAAGUGACAUCCAGCUUUA